CCGUACAAAAAUGAAUUUCAUGGCGCCCAAGUGACACAUUCAAGUUGGAACAAUAAGAACAUUGGGAGUUUGUGCAGUUUUCAGUGAAAACGGAUUACGAGUUAUGUACAUAGUAGCAAUUAUUGUCAACCGCGAGUAAACAAUUCGGAAAACGUAGUAAACGGGUUAAGGACUUACGUAUUUCAUUCACAAGUUACUCUCGGAAGAAAAGGUUUGUUUUGUGGUGCCGGCACUUCUACGUCAGCUAAAUGGCGAUUUUGCUAGUUCUUGCCGCCCUUCUGGGUUGCACGUCGGCGUUGUAUCAGUCAAAUGAGGUGAUAGAGCUGACUCCUGACAAUUUUGAAACUCUCGUGCUGAAAAGCGACGACGUUUGGGUGGUAGAGUUCUACGCUCCUUGGUGUGGUCACUGCAAGAAUUUGGUGCCUGAAUACAAGAAAGUUAGCAGGGGACUGAAGGGGGUGGCGAAAGUAGGUGCGGUUGAUGCAGACAAAUAUCAGGAUCUUAGUCGCAAGUAUAAUAUCAAAGGCUUCCCCACGGUCAAGAUUUUUGGGGUAGACAAGAAAGCGCCAAAAGAUAUAAGCCAGAGAGCAGCCUCCGGAAUUGUGGAUGUUGUCUUGAAGGAAAUUGAAAGAAAGGUUAAGGAAGCACUCGGUGAAAAAGGAUCAAGUUCCAACUCUGGAUCCGGCGAUGUUAUUGAACUGACCGACUCUAAUUUUGAGAAACUUGUUUACGGUAGUGAUGAUAUUUGGCUUGUCGAAUUCUUCGCUCCAUGGUGCGGACACUGCAAAAAUCUUGCUCCCCAUUGGGCCAAAGCAGCAACAGCACUCAAAGGAAAAGUUAAAUUGGGCGCUUUGGAUGCUACUGCUAACACACGUAUUGCUAGCUUAUAUGGAAUUCAAGGAUACCCCACCAUCAAAUUCUUCCCGAAGGGUAGCACCAGCUCUUCAGAUGCAGUCGAAUAUGAUGGCGGCCGCACCGCACAAGAUAUCAUCAAUUGGGCCGAGGAACGAUACUCAGAUAACAUCGCAGCACCCGAAAUUAUUCAGGUCACAAGUGAAAAAGUAAUAACCGACACAUGCGAAGGAAAACCGCUUUGCGUUGUUUCCGUUCUUCCACACAUUCUUGAUUGUGACGCUAAAUGUCGAAAUGCAUUCAUCGAUACACUCAAAGAAAUGGGAGAGAAAUAUAAGAAGAAGCAAUGGGGUUGGGUGUGGACAGAAGGGGCUGCUCAACCUGAUUUGGAAGAAUCUCUUGAAAUUGGUGGAUUUGGCUAUCCUGCAAUGGCUGUUGUUAAUUUCAAGAAAAUGAAAUAUUCACUGCUGAAAGGUUCCUUCUCGAAGGAUGGAAUCAAUGAAUUCCUGCGCGACAUCUCGUUUGGACGUGGUCAUACAGCUCCAGUCCGAGGUGCAAAACUACCAAAAAUCGUAACAAUCGACCCGUGGGACGGUAAAGAUGGUCAAUUACCAGAAGAAGAAGAUAUUGAUUUAUCCGAUGUUGAAUUAGAUGAAAAAGAUGAAUUGUAAGAUAAACUAAAUGAAAGACUGCUCAAAUGCAUUUACUUCCUACGACAAAGUGCGUCCCAUCGCGAAUCCACAUAUUUACUAACUGUAAGUGAUUCUAAGUUUGUUUCUUUAUAUUUUUUAAAUGAAACAAUUGUGUAAAUUAAUUCGUAAUGAUGUAAUUGUAAUAGUAAAAUUUGUAUGAGGUUAACUAAUAAAUUAAUGGUAAUAACAAA